GUCCCCAUCGCUGGAUCGCUCGCAAGCCACCAGGUCGAGGAAGCAAGACAAAGCAACCGCACCCAAACCCUAGCCGACGGUCCCUCCUCCUCCAGCAGACUCUUCCUCCGUGCCGGUGCCAUGGCGCUGCGCUCUCCCUCCAGCACUCCUCCGCGGGUUCUGGGCCCCGGCGAUUCGCCGCCGGCGGACUCUCCGCCUCCCACCUCUCAGUGUGGAUGCGGCAAUGGAGCUAGAGCUGAUGUUGCUAGGAAGACGAAGGAGGUUGAACAUAUGCUGGCAAAUUUAGAAAAAGAGGGAGUGGAGAUAGAUGGCAAGAUAGCUAGUAUUAUUGAUGAUGAGGUAGCUAGAAUUAAAGCUGAAGCUGCCAGGGAGAAGCUGAGAAUGAACAAGCUGAAAAGGAAAGGGGUUAUGUUACUGAUCAGUAUUAUAUCUGUUGCUUAUGGUUUCUUGUUGGGAGUGGACUGGUAUGAGGAUCAGCUCUAUACGAAAGUGGCCAGGAUAAUCUGUUAUGGUGAAGAAUAGCUUAGGGCUUGCAGGUCCACUCUGUUUAUGGUAUGUAAAACCAGGUAGGUUACCAUGGUAUGCAGAACCUAUUUAUGUUGUCUAGUAGUUGUGCUAUGCUGUGGUUUUUGGCACAUACAUUGUAACUCUAACUUGCAACACUGCAUGGAGCAGACAGCAGGUGCUCGGUUAUACUGCUGGUUAAUUAGUCAUUGCUAAUUGAAUCUGGUGUGUGCGGUGAUCAUCUA